AAUGUAGUCAUCCUGACGGACGGGGGCACACAGUGAGUACCGAGUGGGCUUGGAGACAUGACCUUGCUGGUUGACAGACUGUGCCAAUAAGACGGAUGGUGAGCUCAAGGCAGGUCUGUUCCCGCUCAGUCUGAGGGAAUCUGCCACAUUUUCAGCACAAAAAUCAUGUCAGGAUUGCUGAAGGAUCGGCCCAGUUCAAACUCUUCAGAGAAUUUAUGUCUCUCCGUCAAUGAGAACAUUCUCAGAGAAUGCCACUUGCUUUACACGGACUCAAGUCAGGGACUGGUGGGAAUCGCCAAGCAGCUGGGCCUCAGACUCUUGGCUCCAAGAAAGAAGAUCACGGUGAUGCUGAUGGGCAAUCAUUCAGCUGGCAAGAGCUCCUUCAUCAAUUGGUACAUUGAAGAACAUAUACUGAAAACAGGAGUUGCAACCGAGACACAGGGAUUUACGUUUGUCACCAGUGGAAAGAAAAGGGAGUCACUUCUGGGUAAUGCUACAUUACAUGUCUACCCGCAAUUCCAAGGUCUCGAACAGGUCAAAGGAGUGACAGACUACCUGACGACCGAGAUCAGCACCUCAAAGCAGAAAAUGUUUUUCUUGGUGACUUUCAUAGAUACUCCAGGUCUUGUGGAUGGAGACAUGUUGUACGAAUUUGAUGUGGAUAAGGCGCUGAUCUGGCUGGGUGAACAGGCCGAUCUGAUCCUUGUCUUCUUUGACCCAAUGGGACAAGCCUUGUGCAAACGGACGCUGAAUGUUGUAGAAAAGAUAAACGAGAUGCACGGCGAGAAACUGAGAUUCUAUCUUAGCAAAGCUGAUGAGGCUGGGCACGAAAGUGACAGACAGCGCGUAAUGAUGCAAAUAGUGCAAGAACUGUGCAAAAGACCCGGACUCAACAAGUGUGGCUUUGAUAUGCCAACAAUUUACAUCCCAGAACCAAACAAGCCGGCUCCUUGUAUGAAUCGAAUCCAAGAGGUCUGUACAACAAUCGAAAAAACUAUCAACAGAUCCGUCCAGAAUACUUUGAACCAACUCGGGAAAGACUGUGAAUUGAUCAUCUACACAGCGGAGUGUAAACUGCAGGAGAGCAGUGAGCAUGCUUCCAGGAACAGGAGGGCAUGGAUCAAAUAUAUGUUUUUCAGCGCCCUGGUUUACUUGGCUCCAUUAUCACUGCUGACAUGUUUCAUCAUCUCAGAAACAUCAAGAGAAAAUCUCGCAGAUAUCAUCGGCGAUGACUCGGCAAAAAUCUUACUCAUCUGGGCGUGGUGUGUUUCUACGAUCUGGAACUGGUUAACUGGAGGCAGUUACCUCCUGGCUGCCAUCAUGAUGAUCGGGUUCAUGCUCGUCUCAAUGUUGCUUGCAAAGUGUUGCAACUGGAACGUCUUUAUGAGAUGUAUCUCCAACAGUGCAUAUCGGAACAGGAGAUAUGUUAAAACAGCAACGGACUUAUGCUGGAACAGGCAUAACAUGAUGCAAGUUCUAACUCCAUACUUUAGUGCAAAUAUGCUGCAAAUGCAAAUAUAAACUUGUUGCCAUUGGACAGAAACCAAACAUACAGGCCAGUCACAUCGACUUGACUGUUCCAUCCACUAUUGCCAGAUUUACCUUACAGUGUGCAGAAGGAUCAUAACAUUUGACCCUUCUCUGUCUGCAUUAUCAAGCAUUUCCACAUAUUUCAUCAUUCUGUUUGAAUGAUGUCAUAGCUGGACAUCACUUUACCCUUCACCUCUGAAAGAUAACCCUCGCCUACCACAGCUUCUAAAGACUCAAUCACAAAUUUUAGAAAAUGCAAUUCUUUCGCACCAUUUUGUGACUUAAUAGCCCCCUCCAUGACAUAGAUGUGGACUGCAAUCACCGGCUCGAUGUAUUGUAUUAAUAAACCUUAUAAAUCGUU